AUGGCGGCGGCGGCGGCGGCGGCGGCGGCGGCCAUGCUGUCAUUUGUAGUGGCAGUUCUGAUGAUGAUGAUCGUGUUGAUGAUUGCAAUGGCUAUCUUGAUGAGGUCAAGAAGGAAGAGGAACGUGAUAGGGUUCUUUCAUCCUUACUGCAACGAUGGAGGGGGAGGAGAGCGAGUGCUGUGGUGUGCCAUUCAGGCGCUACUGAGAGAGGACAGCAAAAGGCUGAUUGCGGUAUACACGGGGGAUCGAGCGAGCAAGGAGGAGAUACUUGCGAAAGCCAAGGAGAGGUUUGGAUUCGAGCUGCAUGGAGAGCGUGUGCAGAUCGUGUAUAUCUCCUGCAGAGUGCUCCUGGAAGCUCGGAUGUAUCCCGUGCUCACUCUGCUGGGUCAAAGCGUCGGAGGAGCCUUGCUGAGCAUCGAGUGCCUCGUAAGGUUGAAUCCUGGAGUGUUUGUGGAUACCAUGGGAGGAGCUUUCACCUACCCUGUCGCACGCUUUCUCUUCGGCUGUCGUGUUGGAUGCUACGUGCACUACCCGACGAUCAGCUGCGACAUGCUGUCCUUGGUCUCGAGGAGAGAAGCCUCUUACAACAAUAGAAGGGUUAUCUCAAACUCCGCCCUCCUCUCCUCCCUCAAGCUGCUCUACUACAAGAUGUUUGCCUUGGUCUAUGGUUUUUGCGGGAGAUGCGCUGAAGUUACCAUGUGCAACUCAACCUGGACCAAGGGCCACGUGCAGAGCAUCUGGAAGGUGCUCCCCGACAUCGUCUAUCCGCCAUGCAACACGGACAAGCUGCAAGGGAUCGCCUUUGGGGGCCGUGAGGACCUCGUGAUCUCCCUGGGUCAGUUCAGGCCGGAGAAGAACCACUUGCUGCAGCUCAAGUCCAUCCAACACCUGCUGAAGCUCGGGGUCAGAGACGUGCACCUAGCCAUCAUCGGGAGCUGCAGGAACGCCGAGGACGAGCGGCGAGUGAGGGAUCUGCGCCAGCACGUCUCGGAUCUCGAGCUUUCUGACCAUGUCUCAGUCUUGACAAACGUGCCAUGGCCCGAGCUCAAGGACAGAUGGCUGAGGAGGGCGAAGGCUGGCCUGCACACCAUGUGGAACGAGCACUUCGGCAUCAACAUAGUGGAAUUCAUGGCAUCGGGAGUGAUCCCAAUCGCGCACGACACAGGUGGUCCGAAGGCGGACAUUGUAAUCCCUUACCAGGGCUCGCCGACUGGUUUCUUAGCAUCCACAGAGGAGGAGUAUGCAGAGCAUAUGAGGAAGGCAAGCACGUUGCCCCUUCUUCUGCAGUCACUUGCUUGA